AUGGAACAACAAGAGGGAGAAACGUGGACAAUGCCACCGUUUUGGGCGGCGGAGAAUCGCAACCGCCGCCGUCUCCGCCGCUCUUACUCUCUUUUACUCACCUCCACUUCCCUCCUCGUACUCGUCCUCGUACUCGCGCUGGUGUUCUCGCUCAUCGUAGUUCCCACAUUGCACUCGUUCGCUUCCAAAAUCUUUAAACCUCGUACGGUGAAAAACAGUUGGGACUCGCUCAACCUCGUACUCGUGCUCUUUGCCAUUGUUUGCGGCUUCAUUAGCAGAAACACCACCUCCGAAACCCUAACCCCGCGUUCUCAUAGGACCUUCUCGAACCCUUCCACGCCGCCACCAGCGUGGUACCAUUACGAUUACGCUCACGGUCACACUCCUCGCCGAUCGUUUAAUAGGUUGAGAAGCUUCAACUCCUACCCCGAUCUCCGUCAACCGAUCGCCGCCGAUGAACGGUUCCGGUUCUAUGAUGAUACUUACCUCCUACACCACCGGCACUCCAGGAAUGAUACCGAAGAAGAAGAAAAAGAAAUAGGAAUUGAUAAUGUCGUCACCGCGCCGCCUCAACAGGGGACACAGGCUUUUAUGAGAAAUGUCCAGCCAGCGUAUCAAGUGGAAACUAUCGACAAACACGACAUUGGUGAUUUAGAUGCGAUGAUUUCACAACCACCUCCGUCUCCCCCGCCCGGGAUUCGAACGAAAGUUGUUCGGAGAAAUAUCAAGCGAUCACAUCAAUCGGAAACUAUGGAGAAACAUGAAACAAAUGAUUCAGCUGUGGAGAUUUCACAAUCGCCGCCGGCGACGAGAACGAAAGGUGUUCGGAGAAACGGCAAGCGAGUUCAUCAAGCGGAAACCAUCGAGAAACUUGAAAUAGGCGAGUUUGAUUCGCAGAGUUCAGAGCCGUCGCCGCCGUCUCCUCCGCGGGCGAUAAUCCGAAAGAAGGAUGUUCGGCGAAAUGUCAAAUCGGAAAGAGAUGAUUCGGCUGUAAAGAUAUCACCGCCGCCACCGCUUCCACAGCCGCUGCCGGCGGAGGCGGUGCAGGUUAAGAAGAAAAGAGGGAUUGCUACUAAGGAGUUUUUGACAUCUUUAAGAGGGAAGAAGAAGAAACAAAGGCAAAGAAGCGUCGAAAAUUUUGAUAGCAUUCUAAACUCUGAAACGUUAUUGCCACAACCGACUCCACCGCCGCCUCCGCCACCAAAGGUUUUCCAGAACCUAUUUUCUUUAAAGAAAGGGAAACACAAAACUCCCCAUAUUGUUUCUGUGACAACAACAAUAUCAAAAAAGAGGGAUUUUGUUUCUUCCUCUAGGUUGGAAGGAAAUGUAAUGAUGGCUGGUAAUGAAUCCCCAUUAAACCCUAUUCCUCCUCCUCCGCCACUUCCACCGUUCAAGUUGCCUGGGUGGAAGUUCCGGGUGCAGGGUGACUAUGUUAGGGUUGACAGCAUUGGUAGUUCACGUAGUGGAUCACCUGAUUUGGAUGAAGUUAGUGAGGACACACCAACAACUAGUAAUCAUGAUGAAACAAGCCAAGUCAAUAGUCCUUUUGCCAAAGAUGGUGAAGAUUCUGCAAGUGUGAGUGCACCCUCAUUGUUCUGUCCUAGCCCUGAUGUUGAUACCAAGGCUCACAACUUCAUCGAGAGCUUCAGGGCUGGUUUGAGGAUGGCCAAGAUGAAUUCCAUGAAGGAGAGGCAGGGGAUUGGGAGGUCCAAUCUAGGACCUUCACCACACCAUGAAUGGUGA